AUAUUUAGUAAACAUAUAUAAAUAUACUAAAUUACUUAGAAUAUCUGUCAAUUAAAUUAAAGUGUUAAUAUUUGUAACAUACAAGUAUAAUUAGUUAAUUCUUCAUUAGCGGAGAAAAUUUUUAAUACAAAAUGAUUUUGCUGAAUCAAUCAAUUUUUGUAGUUAAUUUUUGUUUAGCUUUUCAAGUCGUAGCAGUUUUAAAUGCGCCAGCCUUAUUUCGUGAAGUUUAUGAUGAAAAAUGUGAAGUUUGUAACAAAUCAAAGCCGGUAGUAUUUUUAGACCCUUGUUUACACCGAUUGUGUGCAACAUGUGCUUACGAUGCUGAUUUUAAAAAUAAGUCUAAAUGUCUGGUUCCAUCAUGCAAAAGAAACAUAGAAUAUUACCACAUUAUUAAUGAUAACGGUUUAUGUUAUAUUUGCAAAGAAGAAGCAUCAACAAUAACAAUAAUUCCCUGUUAUCAUAAAGUGGGUAAUGCUUGUGCCUAUGAACAAAAACUUUCACAAACGGCGAGAUGUCCACAAUGUCAAAGUGUAGUCACAUGUUUUAAAGGAAGUGAACCAAUAAAAAAUUUUUGCCAAAACUGCUACGACGAAAUUGGGAUAAAAAUCAUGAAGCAUUGUUACCAUUACAUUGGAAAAAAUUGUUUAAAUGAAAUCAAAGAUUCUACGAAGUGUCCAGUAAAAAAUUGUGAACAAAUUCAAGAUGAUAUUUCGGAAAACGCUUUGCGAUAUCCACAGUUACUGUGGAGUGUCAGCCGAGCAUACAGAACUGCUGUACGAUCUGCGCACACUCAACUUCAUCAUCAUUAUCAUCAUAUUCGUGUACGAAAUUCAUCUUCAUAUUACCUUUACAGUGAACAAGAAUGCUGUAUUUGUUCCUUAGAAAAAUCAUUAAAGGUAACAUUAAUUCCUUGCAAUCAUAAAAUAUGCAAUGAUUGUGCUAACGAGCUAAUAAUACAGAAGAUUUCUGAAUGUCCAUUAUGCAGAGAACAAAUAGUAUAUUUUAAUAAGAUAGAGUUAAUAGAAAGAUGUCCAUGCAGAGAAGAACUUAGACAUGUAGUCUUGGAACCUUGUCUUCACAAGAUAGGUGUAGAUUGUGCUGAUUUUAUUAGUAAUAAAAUGUAUUAUCAACCCAAGUGCCCAAUAUGCAGCAAAAACAUUGAAGUCUUUCGUACUGAUGGCGUGACAGUUUUAAAUGUGGCAUCCUUAUUUCGUGAAGUUGGCGAUGAAAAAUGUGAAGUUUGUAACAAAACGAAACCGCUGGUAUUUUUAGUCACUUGUUUACACCGAUUGUGUGCCACGUGUGCUUACGAUGUUUGGUUUAAAAAUGAAGGUAAUUGUCUGGUUCAAUCAUGUGGAAAACUUGUUUAUAAUUUCGAACAUAUCAAUGAUAACGGGUUAUGUUAUACUUGUAAAGAAGAAGCAUCAUCAGUAGUAUUAUUUCCUUGUUUUCAUAAAAUUGGCAAUUCUUGUGCUUAUAAACAAGAUGAACAACAAUUAUUGUUAAAAUUUCGACAACAAACAUACAUUUUACCAUGGAAAUGUCCACAAUGUUAUACUAUUGUAGAAGGAACUAUAAAAAGAAAUUCAAUAAAACAUUUUUGCAAUAGCUGCACUGUCGAAAUUGCUGUAAAAAUCAUGAAGCAUUGUAAGCAUUAUAUUUGUCAGAUUUGCAUAAAUAAAAAUAAAAAUUUUAAUAAGUGUCCAGUAGAAUAUUGUGAACAAAUUCAAGAUGAUUCUUCAGAAAAUGAUGAUGAAGAAGUAUGCUUUAUAUGUCAGUUCGAAAAACCAUUGACUGUAAUAUUAAAUCCUUGUGGUCAUAAAAUGUGCAAUGAUUGUGCUAAUGAGCUAUUAGCUCGGCAUAUGAUUCAAUGUCCAUUAUGCAAAAAAGAAAUAGUUUUUUAUAAAAAUAUAAAGUCAAUAGAAAAAUGUGCAUGCAAAAAUGAACUGAGACAUGUAGUCUUAAAACCUUGUCUUCACAGUAUAGGUAUAAACUGUGCUAAACAUAUAAGUGAUAACAAUUAUCAACCCAUGUGCCCAAUAUGCAGCAAAAAAGUUGAACUCUUCCAUACUGAUGAUCCACGCAUAAAUAAUUUAUUAAAUCCGUCAAGUAUAAAACACAUAAUAAAUGUAACGUAUCAAAAUUUGCUUUCACAAAAAAAAUAAGAAAUUAUGAUAUUUACUAAAAUGAAAAAUAUGGUGUAAUAAGAAGAAAACUUUACAUUAUUUUGUUGUACUACUAUACAUACCAUAUUUAUAGAAUAUCAAAUAAUUUUAUGUAAUUGUCAACACAUGUAAUAAUUAUCACGUUUAUAAAAGAUGCUUGCUAAAUCAAGAUCGGUAGGUAUUUUCUAUUAUUAAUAUUUUAUUAAGCGUGUUAUAGUCUCAGACUUUUAUUAUUUUCUUCAUUAAAGAAAAUGUAAAAAUUAUAAUUUCCUAUAUGGACUUUUAAAGAAUUAUUCAGUUAACAUUUUUUCUUUGUUCAU